AAUUAAACCUCCCCCCUCUCAUUUUCUUCUCUGUUCUCUUCAGUGCUUGUCAAAGGCCUUCUUCUUCUUAUUAUUAUUACCAUUAUUUAUUUAUUUAUUUAUUUUGUUGUUGUUACUAUCAAGUUUUUGUUUUGGUAGCAAAAUUCUCCAAAAUGGGGCAUCUAGAAGGGCUUCUCUCUGUUGGGUUGCCCUCGAUUUUCUUCAAUUCAUUGUGGGUAUAAAUAUAAUUGUGUUAUUGUGGGGGACUCCCGUUUGAGAUUCUGCAAGUGUUUCUUUUUCUUUUCUUUCUAUUUUUUUUGUUUUGUUUUUUUGUUCGUGACAAUAAAAAUGGGUAAUGUGAAUGCAAGAGAAGAUGGGGGUGGUAGCUCAUCUGGGGCUGAGGAUGGUGGUCUAGAAGGAGGUGGUGGUGGUUCGGAGGAAGGCAUGGCUGCACCUGGCGGAGCUCAUGGUGUCUCUAUUUCUUCUCCUGACAUGAUGGGUCAGUCCCCUCCUCAUAGCCCAAGAGCGACCCAGUCGCCUCUGAUGUUUACUCCUCAAGUCCCUGUAGUUCCUCUACAAAGACCUGAUGAGAUGUACAAUUCAAGCCAUUCAUGGAUGCAAACUGCUUCAGGGUACGAAGAUAUGUACCGUGAGCAAGGAAUUCCAACAAUGAUUACAUGGAGCUAUGAUGGCAAGGAAGUGGCUGUAGAGGGAUCAUGGGAUAAUUGGAGGACACGAUUGCCUCUGCAGAGAUCAGGGAAAGACUUCACUAUAAUGAAAGUUCUGCCGUCUGGUGUUUACCAGUACAGGUUUAUUGUCGAUGGACGUUGGAGGUAUGCCCCUGACUUGCCCUGGGCCCAAGAUGAGGCAGGAAACGCUUACAAUGUUGUGGACUUGCAGGAUUAUGUUCCUGAAGACAUUGAAAGCAUUUCUAGUUUUGAACCUCCUCAGUCCCCAGACUCAAGUUAUAACAAUAUGCAACUUGGAUCUGAAGAUUUUGCCAAGGAGCCACCAUGGGUGCCUCCACAUUUGCAGAUGACUUUACUCAACAUGCCCGCAUCCAACAUGGAGAUCUCGCCUCCUUUGUCAAGACCUCAACACGUUGUGCUUAAUCAUCUUUACAUGCAAAAAGGGAAGAGUGGCCCCUCAGUGGUGGCACUUGGGACAACUCAUAGGUUUAGAGCUAAGUACGUGACAGUGGUGCUCUAUAAGUCAUUGCAGAGGCAAGUGGACUCCUGCCUCAAGAUCAACCCAACAGGACCAGCCAGCGGCACUCAAGGACAGUGAGGAUAGCAGCUAAAGCUACUGCAAGCAGCCUUGAAAAUAUUUGCUGCGCUGUAAAUAAGGACAAGUGUAUGGCCCUUAAAAUUUGUCAUUAAACUAGGCUAAAGUUGACUGAUCAAGGACAACCCCAUUGUAGCAGUUUCAGUACAGCAACUUUUGCCUUACCGGGAGCAGGCGGGCAGCCGUGGGGUCAAAGCUCACGGUAGCCUCACAAUGAUAUCACAGUGAUUAUCUGUGCCAUGUAAAAUGUGCCUACGUACGUACUCGGGUGGGUUAAUUACUUUGCCGACUUUGUCGGUUGGGUUACUUUCAUGUCAGCAUGAAUACGACAGCCAUUGAUGAC